AUGGCUUCUGUCGCCCGUCUCAGCAACGCUGCCCUGCGGGCUUCUCUCCGCUCUUCUCCUAUCAAUGGCUCUGUCUUCAACGCCGUUCGAUGCUAUUCGGCCAAGACUCAGACCUUGAAGGAGCGAUUCGCCGAGUUGCUGCCCGAGAAGAUUGAGCAGGUCAAGGCCCUCCGAAAGGAGCAUGGUUCCAAGGUCGUCGACAAGGUCACUCUUGACCAGGUCUACGGUGGUGCCCGUGGCAUCAAGGCCCUCGUCUGGGAGGGUUCCGUCCUCGACUCUGAGGAGGGUAUCCGAUUCCGUGGCAAGACCAUCCCCGAGUGCCAGGAGCUUCUCCCCAAGGCUCCCGGUGGCAAGGAGCCUCUUCCCGAGGGUCUCUUCUGGCUUCUCCUGACCGGCGAGGUUCCUACUGAGCAGCAGGUCCGCGACCUCUCCGCUGAGUGGGCUGCCCGCUCCGAUCUUCCCAAGUUCGUCGAGGAGCUCAUCGACCACUGCCCUACCGACCUUCACCCCAUGGCCCAGUUCUCUCUGGCUGUCACCGCUCUCGAGCAUACCUCCAGCUUCGCCAAGGCUUACGCCAAGGGUAUUAACAAGAAGGAGUACUGGGGUUACACUUUCGAGGACUCCAUGGACCUCAUUGCUAAGCUCCCCAACAUUGCUUCUCGCAUCUAUCAGAACGUCUUCAAGGGCGGAAAGGUCGCUCCCAUCCAGAAGGACAAGGAUUACUCCUUCAACUUCGCCAACCAGCUCGGCUUCGCCGACAACGCUGACUUCGUCGAGCUUAUGCGUCUCUACCUCACCAUUCACACCGAUCACGAGGGCGGAAACGUCUCUGCCCACACCACUCACCUUGUCGGCAGUGCUCUCAGCUCUCCUUUCCUCUCUUUGGCCGCUGGUCUUAACGGUCUUGCCGGCCCCCUCCACGGUCUUGCUAACCAGGAGGUCCUGAACUGGCUCACUGAGUUCAAGAAGUCUGUCGGUGACGAUCUCAGCGACAAGGCCAUCACUGACUACCUCUGGUCCACCCUCAACGCCGGCCGUGUCGUCCCCGGUUACGGCCACGCCGUUCUCCGAAAGACUGACCCCCGUUACAUGGCUCAGCGUGCUUUUGCCCAGGAGAAGAUGCCUAACGACCCCAUGUUCAAGCUCGUUUCCCAGGUCUACAAGAUCGCCCCUGGUGUCCUCACCGAGCACGGCAAGACCAAGAACCCUUACCCUAACGUCGAUGCCCACUCCGGUGUCCUUCUCCAGUACUACGGACUUACCGAGGCCAACUACUACACCGUCCUCUUCGGUGUCUCUCGCGCCAUUGGUGUUCUUCCCCAGCUUAUCAUCGACCGCGCUCUCGGUGCCCCCAUUGAGCGACCCAAGUCCUUCUCCACCGACAAGUGGGCCGAGCUUGUCAAGAAGCUGUAA